GUGCGCUCGGUCGGUCGGAGGCGGAGCGGCGGCGGCGGCGGUGGUUGCGGGUCAGGCUGCAGGGUGGCAGCCCGCGGCGGGCUCCUCGUAACCGAAGCGCCGCGCAGUGCUGACCCGGCCGCCCGCCGCGGAGCCAUGGAAAUCGGCACCGAGAUCAGCCGCAAGAUCCGGAGUGCCAUUAAGGGGAAAUUGCAAGAAUUAGGAGCUUACGUGGAUGAAGAACUUCCCGAUUACAUUAUGGUGAUGGUGGCCAACAAGAAAAGUCAGGACCAAAUGACAGAGGACCUGUCCCUGUUUCUAGGGAACAACACAAUUCGAUUCACCGUAUGGCUCCAUGGUGUAUUAGAUAAACUUCGCUCUGUUACAACUGAGCCCUCUAGUCUCAAGUCUUCAGACACCAGCAUCUUUGAUAGUAACGUGCCUUCAAACAAGAGCAGCUUUAGUCGAGGAGAUGAGAGACGGCACGAAGCUGCAGUCCCUCCCCUUGCUAUUUCUAGUUCUAGGCCUGAAAAAAGAGAUUCCAGAGUUUCUACAAGUUCGCAGGAACAGAAAUCCACUAAUGUCAGACAUUCUUAUGAUGAUGGAGCUUCAACCCGGCUAAUGUCAACAGUGAAACCUCUGAGGGAGCCAGCACCCUCUGAAGAUGUGAUCGAUAUCAAGCCAGAACCAGAUGAUCUCAUUGAUGAAGACCUUAAUUUUGUGCAGGAGAAUCCCUUAUCUCAGAAAAAACCUACAGUGACACUUACGUAUGGUUCUUCUCGCCCUUCUAUUGAAAUUUAUCGACCACCCGCAAGUAGAAAUGCAGACACAAGCACUCAUAUAAACAGGCUGCAACUUCAUCAGCCGCAAAACAGUACUCACGCUGCCACGCAGCUGGAUGUGCAGAGCAGCCAGGUGUACGAAGCAGGACGCUUAUGUGAACCAGAAGUGCUGAGCAGCGUAGAUGACACUUACAGCCCCUUCUUCAGAAACAACUUGGAUAAGAUGAGCAUUGAGGACGAAAACUUUCGGAAGAGAAAGUUGCCUGUGGUAAGUUCAGUUGUAAAAGUAAAAAGAUUCAGUCAUGAUGGAGAAGAGGAGGAGGAAGAUGAGGAUUAUGGCUCCCGGAUAGGGAGUUUGUCCAGCAGUGUGUCGGUGCCGGCAAAGCCUGAGAGGAGACCUUCUCUUCCACCUUCUAAACAAGCUAACAAGAACCUAAUUUUGAAGGCUAUCUCUGAAGCUCAAGAGUCUGUCACAAAAACAACUAACUAUUCUGCAGUUCCACAGAAACAGACACUUCCAGUUGCUCCCAGAACUCGAACUUCUCAAGAAGAAUUGCUAGCGGAAAUGGUCCAGGGGCAAAGCAGGGCCCCCAGAAUAAGUCCUCCUGUUAAGGAGGAGGAAGCAAAAGGAGAUGGUACAGAAAAAAUUCAAGGCACUCAGCAGAGGCAGUUAUUAUCCCGACUGCAGAUUGACCCAGUAAUGGUAGAGGCAAUGGAGAUGAGUCCAGAUUACUAUGACAUGGAAUCCAUGGUCCAUGCAGACACAAGAUCAUUUAUUCUGAAGAAGCCAAAGCUGUCUGAGGAAAUAGUAGUGACACCAAACCAGGAGUCGGGAAUGAAGACUGCAGAUGCCCUUCGGGUACUUUCAGGACACCUUAUGCAGACACGAGAUCUUGUACAACCAGAUAAACCUGCAAGUCCCAAGUUUAUAGUGACGCUGGAUGGUGUCCCCAGCCCCCCAGGAUACAUGUCAGAUCAAGAGGAGGAGAUGUGCUUUGAAGGAAUGAAAUCCGUAAACCAAACUGCAGCCUCAAACAAGGGACUCAGAGGUCUCCUCCACCCACAGCAGUUGCAUUUGAUGAGCAGGCAGCUUGAGGACCCAGAUGGUAGCUUUUCUAACGCUGAGAUGACUGACCUGAGUGUGGCACAAAAACCAGAAAAGCUUCUGGAGCGUUGCAAGUACUGGCCUGCUUGUAAAAAUGGGGACGAGUGCGCAUACCACCAUCCCAUUUCCCCUUGCAAAGCCUUUCCCAAUUGUAAAUUUGCUGAAAAAUGUUUGUUUGUGCAUCCAAACUGUAAAUAUGAUGCAAAGUGUACUAAACCAGAUUGUCCCUUCACACACAUCAGUAGAAGAAUUCCAGUACUGACUUCAAAACCAGUGGUCUCAUCGCCAGCACCGUCUUCUAAUGGUCAACUCUGCCGUUACUUCCCAGCUUGUAAGAAAAUGGAAUGUCCCUUCUACCACCCAAAACACUGUAGGUUUAAUACUCAGUGUACAAGACCAGACUGCACAUUUUACCAUCCCACCAUUACUGUACCACCAAGACAUGCCUUGAAAUGGAUUCGACCUCAAACUAGCGAAUGAUGCCGUAGUCCUACCUGGCAAGAAGAUCAUGGAGUUUGAAAGCUUCCAUCUUCUGAGAGAUACUCUGCAGAACUUGUCACGUCUUUGAAAUUUAGAAUAUAUUGCUUUCAUAAUAUGAAUUUUAUUGCCUAACUGAAGUGUCUAAUUUUUCAAGUUUGUAAGUUUAUUAAGUGGUUUCAACAUUUUUUGUUUGUUUGUUGUGACGAUGAAAAAGACAGUUUUGACUAUGAAGGAGACAGUUUGAAGAAAAGCCAAAGUCUAUUAAAACAUUUACGGCAUGUUUGUACAUUGCUGUUUAACAUCAUUUUUGGUAAUGGUCCUGUAGCUUAAGGCUGUAGUGCCCAUUUGAAGGCCGUUGUCCUCACAGCUGAAUCGCUUUUCCCAAAGAUGAUGCAGUGUUUUCUCACUGGGUUACAAAUAUUGCAUCAUCUUUGAGGAAAUAGGAAUGGCCAAAAUACUAAGGCAGGUUUGAACAACUAAUUUAAAUUUUGUUUUUAAUGUCUGAAUCAAUUUGCUUUGAAAAGCAUAAUACAGAAUCUUAGCUUAAGUGCUACUCUGGUAGAGUGGACUGAGAUCCCUUGCCUUCUGUGAAAGUAAGUAGUGACAUGGUCAUAUAGGGCAAACAUGAUUGGAAUGACAAAUGCAAAAACAUAUGAACAAUUCCUUGAAACGCUUCCAUUUACUAUUAGCAUAUAAUUUAAAAAUAAUUUUGGGGGGACUACAUUAUCACAAAAUCAUACAAAAAAUUUUACAAGUAUAUACAGAAAGUUUCAGAAAACAGACUUUGAACUCACAAGAGUAUAAAUAUACAUAUAUAUUCCAAUGUUCUGAAAAAUAUUGUCAGAAAUAACUCCACAGAAAAUAUACUUAGUUACUCCUAAAGAUCAUUCUUGAAAUGUAGAUUUAAGUGGUAUAUUUUAAAUGACAGAACUAUAUAUAAUUACAGAAAUCAAAUGGGUAAACGUCACAAUAAGAUGAAACUUGGCCACUGUAUGAAGUUUUAUGUGUGUGGUUUUUGAAGUUGUUAAGGCAAGAAGUGUCAAAUGUUUUAAAUAACAGACAACUGAUUUUUCAAAGACUUGAUGUUUUAAAAAUUAAAGUGUAAGAGGUGGUUAGUAAAGGGGAUAAUAAAAGCUCAAACAUUUUCAGGACCAAAUUUAAACUGUUAAGUUACAUAAAGGAUGGAUAAUAAAGUCACGCCUAUAAAAGUCUGUUUAACACUGUGAAGCCAGCUCUUCUACUGCUGUGGUCAUUGCCUUUCCAUUGAGAGAUAAAAGCAUUAAGCUAAUUAUUCGACCAUUUCAUAAGUUGGCUUUGGCCAUGCUAAUCCCAUAGAGUAAAGAUCAGAAAGAGCAAAAGGACAAAGGAGACAAGGGCCUAAAGCUGCUUGCUGCAAAGGGUCAGGUGAGGUGGCAAUUCUUCAUUCUGUAAGUGCAUUCCAUUAAAUUUAAGGCAUUCAUUCUA